AUGGAGUGCCUGCCGUGCGAACUCGAUGACUUAGUCACCAGCAGCGGCGGUGACGACGUGCAUGAUGGGGCUACUGACGCAGGCGAUGAUGCAGCCACGUGCUCUGAGGCCAUCACCGAUCAAUUCCUCUCGACUAUCACAUUCCUGCGCGUCAUGACUUGCAAGUGCUGCAAGCACUCGAGUAAUGAAUUGAAUCCUUUGGUCAGGGGGCCGUUCAAACGGAGCGAAAAGAAUCCAGCUUGGCCGUGGCUCAAAGGCACAUUGGAGCGGCCAGUUGGACUGAUCUGCAGGCUGUGUUUCUGGGCGUUCGCACUGGGGGGCUUCGCCACGAAGUUUGCCAAUCUAGAGAAGCUCCUGGAAGAGAUGAAGAAGAACACCGACAAUACCUUGACGGGCGAGUGGAUCGCAGUCCUUGAAAGGUUGAUUCAACUUAUCAACGCUGGGAAAAUCGGAGCAAAGUUGAGGGGCGCAAAGAGAACGCAGAUCCUCUCGAACAUCACGGAAGCUCGCAUAAAAGCAGUGGAGGUCCUGAAAUCUGGCGGCACCCGGGUUAUGGAGAAGUUCAGGGCUGUGGACUUGGUUACGUGGAUGAAAAGACACCCAGGAUCGAACCCGAAGGAGGAUGGACAUGUCCUGAAGGAAGUUAAUUUACCGCAUAAGGGCCUCACCAUGUGCGUGCUACUUCGCAAGUUGCCAGACGGGGAGUACGACGUCGAAGUGGACACAGAUAUCCGCGCAGUCAUGCGCGAGGAGCACGAUUCAGGUAAGGAACGCUUGCGCGAGGGACAAGAGGAAGACAAAUUUGGUGCAUUGGUGGGCGCAGCCUCAGAGUUUGCAGCCUCUGGCGCUGACAUGAAGCAGUUGGCCCAACCACAACUCCAAGCGCUACCAGAACCGCCGACGCCUUCUGGCGGCAGCCGUCCCGAGGCUGGGGGAAACGGAGGCGGCGAUGGUGAUGGCGAGGACGCCGAGGACUCCGAUGACUCCGACGAUGAUGUGCAGGGGGUGCUGGCUGGCUCAUUACUCGGCAGCGUCUUCAAGCCAGCGCCAAAGGCAGAGAGCAAGCGCAAGGCCGCCGCGCCCACAGUGCAAAAACAAAAGCAAACAGCUGGUUCGUUGAAGCGCAGCCCGGAGAAGCACGACGACGAGCAACCAGAGCCAGCGGCAAGCCCACCACCUACAAAGGUUAGCAAGGGCAAGGGCAAGGCUGCGCGCAUCCCCACCAACGUCGACGGCCUGUUGACGUACGAGGGCUACUUCAAGACGAAGGACCAAGUGAACGAGAUUAUGAGCACGAAGCUGGUGUCGGAGCCCUUUGACAGCAAGGUGAUGAACCAUUCGACGACUGCAGCCGUGGAUAAGGCGCUGACCGAGGUGACGAAAUCCCUUGAUAAGAUCGUCAAGGAUCUGGGCAACAUCGACAGGAAGAUGACGAAUCGAGGCAGCACGCCUCCAGAGGCGUUAGAUACGGUGCGCAAGCUGCGGGCGAACACGCGCACCAUGUCAGCUGUGCUCGCGGAGUUGGUGAAACCGAAGCCAGACAUCUCGAAGGUCGAUGCGCUUGAGGUAAGUUGCUCUCGUUUUGACUUCAGCUUGCCGAUCGCGUUGAUUCUCAGGAAAACGAAGCACGCUGUGGACGACCUGUUGCGCUACCACAAGUACGAGGACAUUGGCUCUAUCCUGACCACCUCCAGUCCUCUGCUGGAUGAUCAUGAACAUCGCUGCCAGUUCAAUGCCCAUGUCAUGGAGAUCUGCAUCCAGAAGCGCGUCCUCAACGUCACUGGCGUGAAGAAGGAGACAGACGCCGCGGCAGUGAACAAGCUGCAGGCGCUGCUCCAGAUCGGGGUCCGAGAUGAUGCUCUCGCGCCGGCUGCGCAGGAAGAAAUCGCCACUCUCCUCAAUGCGACUGGCGCCUCCACCGACGAGGUCACCAGCGACGAGCAGGAGAAGGCUACUCAGCGCUUGAAUGGGUUGCGCUUGGACUCGGGGUACGCUGGCGUGCUAGCGAGCGCGUUCGUGCUGUCGCAGUUCGAGAACCUGAAGUCCUGGUGCGAGAAGGCAGCUUCGGCCAGGCGCGCUUCAGAAUCGGGGAGCGCAUUGUCCCAGGCAGUCUCCAAGCUUGAUGCGGCGCAAAGGCAAGAGUCGCUGAGCUCGCAGGACGUGGAGACCGUGCGAGCCGCACUCUUCCGCGCAGUGGAAGAGAUCGUCAAAGAGGCUUCUACCGAUCAGGACCUGCAGGCCUUCAUGACGCUUAUCGAGCGGCUCGAGAAAAGCAUGCAGCAGUCUCUGGCUACCACGAUGACGACUUUGCCGAGCGUUGCUGCCACCCUUUUUGACGCCCAGAAUUUCGAGAAGUCACCGGCCCUCGUUCAGCUCCAGCACGCCCAUCAGAAGCUCCAGAUGGUCGAGUUCCAUUCGCUCGCGAAGCCGCCCCUGAUCCAGAAGUUGUCGAAGAAGAAGCUUGACUUAGCGACUCCAGCUGGUUCUUCUCGGGCGAUCUUCAAUGCGGCCCACGCCGUUGACAAUGUGUGGAAGGUCUUCAGAAAGGUUGUUUUUGCUUACUCGGACUCGAAACCAAACAUCCAGGGCUUGGUGACCAUGUUCGCUGAGAUAGACUCGAUGAUCAGCAACUUGAAGCUUGAACCGUCGUUGCUCAAGCACGCGAAUGAGGCUGCCGAGAUCGUCAAGAGGAACUGCGACAUCAGCGAAGUCGUGAAGCCCCAGAUCGAGGACUUGCUGAAGGAGAUGAAGGGCUUACUCGAGACAGGCUUGCCAGACGCCUUGCUAGCUGAAACGUCGUCGAAAGCCAGGGCGACGUUGUCUGGUUUCGCCCCGUUGCACUCCAACCUGAUGAAGAUGGCCAAGUGGAUUCCGGAGAAGGAAGCGUUCAGAGUUGCCAUGGGCUACCUGAACAACUGGGUGCAGGUCUGCAUGCAGGCCGAUCUCCACACAGCGCUGGACAAUAACCUCAAGUACGACGAUGCUUCGUUCAAGGUUGCCUGGGACUCUUGCAAUCAGCUGAAUGAUGCUGGGGGCUCUGCGGUCUUAACGCUCCAGAACUACAUUGGCGAGAAGUACUCCUCACCGAUCGCCCAGUUUGUGAAGAUGGCGCAUAAGCAGAUGCAUGAGCGCAUUGACAGUCAGUGUAAAGCGUUAGAUCAGCAUUUGUCGAAGUUGGCGACGCAGCUGGAGAGGGACAUUCAGGGGUUUGGUGCGGAGUCGACCUCGGACGAAGCCAAGCAGGUGAAGUCAACCGCAGCCAAGAUCGACGAACAGCUUCACGAUGUAGACGUCAUGGUCGACAACCUGGGGGUGGUGAAGGAUGCAAGCGUUCCACAUGCGGCGCCCGCUCGGACGAUCGCGACCAAGGCCACAGGUCUCACCGUGAUUUGGGGUUGCGAGACGCUGCUGAAGAGCAAGCACAUCAGUGCUAAGGACAAGGCCGGGGACAAGGUGCGCAGCAGCUUGAACAGCGUCUACGUCGAGUUCAUGAAGGACAAGGAGCCUGACGUGUGGGGCCAGGACUUGAAGGACCGCGUGGAGGCUGCCCUCUCGCUUGGCUCGGGCCAGCCCUCAAAGGAGGGUGACGGUUCGGGACCAUCCGGAGCUGCUGGCCCAGAUGCCAGCGCGAGCCCUGCCGCCGUCAAGCCCAAGAAGAAAGCUCGCAAGAGCUAG